AUGUCCGCUCCACGUGAACGUCCACCAAUUCCGCCUAGGAUGCGUCGACAGACAAGCGAAGAUGCCCAGAAGUACAACAAAGUCUCACCUGAAUUCAGUCGGAGCCAUGAUGAGCAAAGUCUCACUUCUGCUAACGUGAACUCGCCAAGGACAGCUAAGCAGGGGACAGUUACUGACCACAGUAGACGUCUUUCAUUAGGACUUCCGCUGUCAAACCAACUUUCAGUACAUGUCCCUAAUGGCAAGCUGUACGAAUGUGUGACUGUGUACAAAACUAGAAGCCAUAAGUCAUCAGAGAGUAGUCCUGUGGAUACCCCUACAGCAUCUCCCCUGUCAGGGGAAGUAACUGAUCCCCAUAGCGAGAGUGUACAGAAUGAGAACAGAAGAGCGCCUUCGUGGUACUGGGGUGAUAUUUCCAGAUCCGAUGCAGAGGAAAAACUCCGAGAUCUACCAGACGGCUCGUUUCUAGUCAGGGACUCGACCACCGCAGGACAAUAUACACUGACUGUCAGACAAGAUGGCCACAACCGAUGUAUCAAAGUUUACUGUCAAGAAGGCAUGUAUGGGUUAAAACUGAAUGAGUGUCGGUUCCAGUCUCUGCGAGCUUUGGUGGACUACUACACCAGGUACACUCUAGCAGAGUUCAACAGACGUCUGACCACAAGCCUGGUGUAUCCAGUCAGGAUGCAUCAUUUCAAGAAAAUAGACAUCUAUGAAGCUCUGUUUAUUCUGGCUGACUAUGGAAGGGACUUAAAACAAGCAAGAAACCAAUAUGUUAUUUUAAUAGACAAAGAGAAAGAGGCUUUAACAGAAUUGCAGAUGUGCCAUAUGAAAGCUCGGGCAUACCAGAAUGCAAGAGACAUGGUUGAGAAUCUGAUCAUCUGCCCUGAAAUCACACAAGAUGAUGUAGAAGACAGGCAAGCACUGAGUCACCAGAAGAAGGCAAUGUUAGAUGCCAAUAUGGCAAAGGCGUUCAAUCUGAAGAAAUAUUACGCAGGUUACAGUGAAAUUGUCAGUCGAGAAGUUCAGUGUAAAGAGGAAGAACUCCACAAAGCCUCACACGCCCUGAAUGCUCAUACCACAGAACUGCUGGAUAUAGAGGAGAAGUGUGCUCUUAUUAAAGAACAGGUAUUGAAGUGUGGUGCUAAGCCUGAAAUGGUUGACUGCCUUCUCAAUGAUUGUGCACUAGAAACUCCAUGGGACAGAUCCUUAUGGUUGGUGAAUUGCUCCAGAGAUGAGGCUGUUCUUCGGCUUAUGGACAUGGAAGUGGGCACAUUUCUCAUCAGACAGAGAGAUGAAGCUCACAAGCCUUAUGCACUUUCAAUUGUCUGCAGCAAUGAAGAUGGCUCCAUAGAUGUGAAACAUUGUGUUAUUUAUCACCCAGAAGGCCGGGGCUUUGGGUUUAGGCCAGAGGGAUCAGUCUUCCAUACAAUCGAUGAGCUGGUAUCAAAUCAUGCACACAUAUCUAUCAAAGUCUACUUCUCUCACAUGGAUACCUGCCUGGCAUAUCCAGUUCUUCAGGGCAGGUCAAGGGUCAACAGUUGUGAUGAAUACGUCCAGACCUCCUAA